AGCCGCCCGGGGGGGACGCGGCGCUGCGGGGAGCGGGGUCGUGAGGGGCCGAGAGGUGCUCGGCUCUAUGCGGGGCGGCCAUGGAGAAGUUGUACCUGGCGGGGAGCGGCCUGUGGGCCAACGGCACGCUGGGGAACGGCAGCCUGCAGCCCGAGGACAGGGCGACCGUCAGGAACGGCACCGCGGACCCCCUGAAGAGGAACGAGGACAUGGCCAAGGUGGAGGUGACCGUGCUCUGCCUCAUCCUCUUCCUCGCCCUGAGCGGCAACCUGUGCGUGCUGCUGGCCAUCCACACCACCCGGCAGAAGCACUCCCGCAUGUACUUCUUCAUGAAGCACCUGAGCAUCGCUGACCUGGUGGUGGCCGUUUUCCAGGUCCUGCCCCAGCUCAUAUGGGACAUCACCUUCAGGUUCUACGGCCCCGACUUCCUUUGCCGGCUGAUCAAGUACUUGCAGGUGGUGGGGAUGUUCGCCUCCACCUACAUGCUCCUGCUGAUGUCCCUGGACCGCUGCUUGGCCAUCUGUCAGCCGCUGCGGUCCCUGCAUAGGCGGGCGGACCGGGUCUCCGUCCUGCUCACCUGGCUGCUGUGCCUGCUGGUCAGCAUCCCCCAGAUCCACAUCUUUUCCCUGCGGGAUGUGGGGAACGGAGUGUACGACUGCUGGGCUGACUUCAUCCAGCCCUGGGGACCCAAAGCCUAUGUCACCUGGAUAACCCUCAUGGUCUACAUCAUCCCAGUGUUGAUGCUGAGCGUCUGCUACGGCUUAAUCAGCUUCAAAAUCUGGCAGAACGUGAAGCUGAAGACGGCCCACGGGCCCCCCGGGGGGCUGAGCUCCACCGCCCGCGGCGGAGCGGCGUUUGCCAGGGUCAGCAGCACGCGGCUCAUCUCCAAAGCCAAGAUCCGGACGGUCAAAAUGACCUUCAUCAUCGUGCUGGCGUUCAUCGUGUGCUGGACGCCCUUCUUCUUCGUGCAGAUGUGGUCGGUGUGGGACACCAACGCUCCGCAGGAAGCCUCUCCCUUCAUCAUCGCCAUGCUGCUGGCCAGCCUCAACAGCUGCUGCAACCCCUGGAUCUACAUGCUGUACACAGGGCACCUGUUCCACGACCUGAUGCGGCGCUUCCUCUGCUGCUCCGCGCGGUACCUGAAGGCUCGGCCGGCCUGCGAGCUGAGCGUGGGCAGGAAGAGCCAUUCGUCCUCCUUCGUGCUCAGCUGCCGCAGCAGCAGCCAGCACAGCCUGGCGCAGCCGCCCGCCACGUGAGGACACACCGGGCCAAGUGCUGGGAAACGCUGGGACUGUGAGAGGGGAGUGCAGUGUAAAUAUGUAGGUGUACAGACGUGUGUGCGGGAGAGCGCGGGCAGCGCGCGGCGUCGGGCUGGGCAGCGGCGAGGGGAGCUCCGUGCUCAGGGCUGUGCGGGGCUGAGCAGCACAUGAGCCCGUUCCCACUGGUGGCUUUAAUGCACGGAACAUCAUCAGAGCCCCUCCUGCACGGAGCUCAUCUGGGACGGGGCUGAGGGUGGGCACCGCGGGCUGGCAGGAGUAAUGCCAGCAUGGGACUGGGGAUCUGUGCAAUAAUACAUCUGCUGAGCGUGCUCCAGGCUUCUCCUAAGGCAUUUGGGUUACAGUGGGCUCCGUGGGGUUGAGAAGCUGCCAUCUGGUCCCCCGAGGCCAAGCACUUUUCUGGGUUUGCAGCUGAUAGCGUUUGAUCUUUUCCACCAAUGCAACCUUCUUGCUUUGUAACGCACAAAGUCAUGCUCACAGCAUGGGUUUUUUAAUUGUUAAGGAAUACCUGUAAAUAAAACUUUCUGACCGUGUCUUGAUGGAGGGGAGGUGCGGGAGGAGGACUGUGCCUAAGGACGAAGGCCAUGGAUGGCUGUGAUGCAUUUCACAUGGUGUGAGGGUGCUGCUGAGCACAGGGCGGUGUGCUGAGUGCUGUGUGCAGUGCUCCAUGGGCUGCAUGAGGCGGUGCUGAGGGGGGCCCAGUGCUGCUCCCCUCACUGCCUGCAACCCCGUGGGUGCAGCAAGGCUCAGCCUUAGUGUUGGGAGUGGGUACAAAAAGCGCACUGAAAUCUGUACCAGUUUCUUUUUUCACUGUCACCAACACAUACAUUGUCACCUGCCAUGUUGUGGCGUUUCUUUCCAUGUUUUUCCAGGAGCUUCAAGUGGGCUGUCAGCACACACAGCCCAUCUCAGCACCUUCCACCAGACUGAUUUAAGGUGUUUCCGAAGCCUUUUUUCCCCCAUGUUCAUCUUCUUUCUCCCGGCAGUGGGGCAGGGCAGGGUGGGGUCCAGGGAUUUGUCGCCACAGGACACCAACCACAGUCUCAAAGGGCCAAAGGGAAUCAGAGGCACUGCAGCAGGGCAGUGUGUGCUGCUUGUGGGGCUGUAGGGAUGGGAGGUGGUGGGAGCUGGGCUGGGA